GGCAUAUGCCUGCAGUCCGUAUAUGGGAUGUUGCUGAGCGGACCCAGAUGGCUGAACUUCAGGAGCAUAAGUAUGGAGUGGCAUGUGUGGCCUUCUCACCAAGCUCCAAGUACAUUGUCUCAGUGGGUUAUCAGCAUGACAUGAUAGUCAAUGUUUGGUCAUGGAAGAAAAACAUUGUUGUGGCAGCCAAUAAAGUCUCAAGCAAAGUGACAGCAGUUUCAUUCUCUGAGGAUUGCAGCUAUUUUGUUACAGCUGGAAACCGGCACAUCAAAUUUUGGUACCUGGCUGAUAGCAAAACCUCUAAGGUGAAUGCUACGGUCCCCUUGCUUGGGCGUUCUGGUUUGCUUGGAGAAUUGAGGAACAAUUUUUUUACAGAUGUGGCAUGCGGCAGGGGUAAAAAAGCAGACAGCACUUUUUGUAUCACUUCCUCUGGUCUGCUGUGUGAAUUCAAUGACAAGAGGCUCCUGGACAAGUGGGUGGAAUUGAGGACUACUGUGGCAAACUGCAUCUCCCUGAACCACGAUUACAUCUUCUGUGGCUGUGCUGAUGGUACUGUUCGGAUUUUUAAUCCUUCAAAUCUUCACUUUGUGACCACACUCCCUAAACCGCACUUCCUAGGGACGGAUAUCGCCAGCAUUACAGAAGCCAGUCGGCUUUUCUCUAAUGUGACCGAUGCCAAGUAUCCAGACACCAUUGCCUUAACCUUUGAUCCGAAUAACCAGUGGCUGUCUUGUGUUUACAAUGAUCACAGCUUGUAUGUGUGGGAUGUCAAAGACCCCAAGAAAGUGGGCAAGGUUUAUUCUGCGUUAUACCACUCCUCCUGUGUCUGGAACAUUGAGGUGUACCCUGAGGUAAAGGAUAGCAAUCAGUCUUGCUUGCCCCCAAACACCUUCAUCACUUGCUCCUCAGAUAACACCAUCCGCCUGUGGAACACUGAGAGCUCAAACAUCCAUGGGGCCUCCUUGCAUCGAAACAUCCUGAGCAAUGAUUUGAUGAAAAUCAUCUAUGUAGAUGAAAACACUCAGGCCCUCUUGGACACAGAAUACAAUACAGCUGGAGGUGUAGAGAAGGCUGACACACAGGCCAUAGAUACAAAAGUGGGGAUUCGGACAGUGUGUGUGAGCCCUACUGGGGAGCACCUGGCCUCAGGUGAUAGGAUAGGCACUCUCAGGAUUUAUGAAUUGAAGCCCCUAAGAGAGAUGCUGAAGGUAGAAGCCCAUGAUUCAGAAAUCCUCUGCCUUGAAUAUUCUAGACCAGAGACAGGAUUGAAGCUUCUAGCAUCCGCAAGUCGGGAUAGAUUGAUUCAUGUCUUGGAUGCAGAGAAGGACUAUAAUCUACAACAAACCCUGGAUGAACAUUCAUCUUCCAUAACUGCAGUGAAAUUUGCAGCCAACGAUGGGAAGGUGAGAAUGAUCAGCUGUGGUGCUGAUAAGAGCAUCUAUUUCCGCACUGCACAGAAGACAAAUGAUGGGGUCCACUUUACUCGUACACAUCAUGUUGUUAGGAAGACUACUCUUUAUGAUAUGGAUGUGGACCCCAACUGGAAAUAUGCUGCUAUUGGAUGCCAAGACCGUAACAUCAGGAUUUUCAACAUCAGCAGUGGGAAGCAAAAGAAACUAUACAAGGGAUCUCAAAGUGAAGAUGGCACUCUAAUUAAAGUACAAAUGGAUCCUUCUGGUCUGUACAUUGCAACCAGUUGUUCUGACAAGAACCUUUCUAUCUUUGAUUUCUAUUCAGGCGAAUGUGUAGCCACAAUGUAUGGGCACUCAGCUGCAUUUUCAUUUGGCGUCUGAGUUCUGAGAUGACCAUCAAUAUGCGUCAGCGGUUGGCUGAUGUGAAGCAAAGGGGAAAACAAGCAGAAAAAAUUCAACCAGGCAAAACAGCUGGUCUUACCAGGCAUGAAUCAGUCUCCGCCCUCUCAUCUGCACCAGUGCUUUCAUCAGACAGCGAUAAGGAUGGCGAAGACGAAGGAAAUGAUGAGGAUGAGUUACAUGGGCUACAGUCUUUCCAAAUGACAACCAAUGUCAAUCUUGAAAGUUGUUCAGGGAACCCUCAUUUUCUGCAUCAAAGCUGUUACUGGAUAAGAAAUCUACUGAAGGGUCUGCUUUGCCAAAGCAACUUACCAAUGAACUGCUGAAAAAUGGGCUUGACCAUCAGCACAUGCUCACAGAGAAUGGGUUCUUUCAAAACGAUGUUAAUUCCAUUAGGUCACUUUAUAUGCAGAAAAAAAGGAAGCCUGCUGUAGAGAUCAACAGAGGACGUGGAAGAUCUGUAGGGUCUUUCCCAGAUAGUGAUGGAGCGGUGAUGCUGCGGAAAUCCCAAUCAGUUCACGAUCUUGUUCAUAAUGAUAAAAUUCCUGGUGUGAUGCUGUCUGUCAGGCAGAGGCCUCAGGCACUAAUGGUAGGUGAGAAGGAGCCAAAAUCCAACCAUUGUCAGACAUUUUCUGCAACACUAUUGAAGAUGGAGAAUUCCAGCUUUUUGCAAGCCAAAGACAUUAAAACUGCAAAACCAAAGUCCUAUAUGAGUCCUACCACAAGUUUCAUGGCCAAGAUGUCCCGUAGCGUGUCCAUGGGAGAGAAUCUGUGCUUUGGUGAUAGUUCAGAAAACCAGAAUGAAGUGAAAAUCAGCCCACAAGUAUCAGAGAAGACAGGAUUAAAUCUGUUAGAGGACCUUGAGAAGAAUAAGCCAUUUGUGAAAGACAACAGCUCAGUGAAACCUUCUCUUCAGCAAACUGCAAGCUCUUCGUCACCCCAGUCCUUUCAGAGCAAGUUGGCAUCUAGUCGAGCCCAUUUGACCCUUGACAUCCCCAAGCCUCUACCUGAUAGACCAAUAUUAGCUUCUUUCUCACCAAAGACAAAGUCAAAAACUGUGCUAGGAUCAGAAUCUCCUCAAUCACCUGGUGCUAUUGGGAAAAAGAAGCAGUCUUUUCCUGAAGGCUGGGCUUUGAAAUCGGAAAGCCAAGCCUCUGAACCUCUUGGUCUUGGUAAAAGUAGUCUUUUGAGUCCCUGUGCAGACGCUCUGAAAGAGAACCAAACACAACUGAGGUCCAAAGCUCAAGUUGAGCCAAGAGUAACUAAUUCCAAGCGAAAAGAGCCUUCAGAUGAACUGCAUCUGGUUUCGCCAGAAAAACUGCCACUGGAAUGCAGGGACAAAGUUGUCACUGCUAGUUAUUUGCCAGCUAACAAUGAGCAUUGCUCUUAUGAACAAAGUGGGCCAAGGUCACCUACAAAUGCAAAAUGCCUUGGAAAGGAUUCAGGUUCUUCAAUCAGUGUUGAGCAAUGCAAGCAUGUAGUGUCUGAGCUCCAGGACAGUAUGCGUAAGGCCAUCCAGAUAUAUCACCUGGUAUCUACUGAUAUGGAAUCUUCGCCUGAUAAAGAUAAGAUUUCAGGUCUCUUGACUGAAACUUUCACUGUGAUGAAAAAAGAAUUGGAUUCCCUGAAAGAUGGCAAUGGACUUCAAAGGAAGAAAGAUCAACUUAUGCAACCACAAAAUAUAGUUGGAAUGCCAUUAUGGGAGGGCAAUGGUGAAACUUUAUCUGGUCCUCUGCACUUUGGUGAUGACCAAACUCUUGCCUUGUUGGAACAAUACUCAGAGUUACUGCUACAAGCUGUUGAACGACGUAUGGAUAAAAAACUUUAAUUAUGGUUUUCAACAACAAACACUUUUAAUGGAAUGCUGAGAAUCAUAAACAAAAACUGAUGGAACGUUAUCAUAUUGACAACUUGAAAUAACACUUUGGGGUGUUUGUUUUUAAUCCAAUGGGCAAAUAUCUUUUAACAGAAACAGUUCUGUCCACAACUUUUUAAAAUGUGCUGGUCACAGUACUAAUCCCCUUGUGCCUAUCUCCUCCACUAAGAGUGUUAUAAGAAAUAUUUGGCUUAAAACCAAUCCAGCGAUUAAAGAGAAUUUGUCAAUGGUCCAGGGGUGGCCCAGCCUGAAACUGUUGACUUAAUAGAAUGAGAUCAAGCUGAAAUAGCUUUGUCCCUCUGCAGUGUUAUCUGAGACAUAGGCAUAGACUAUUAAAACUUUUAUUUAUUAAUUUAUUUUUACGACUAUAAUUCUGAAACUUUUACCUAGGUUUUGUCAUUAUGAUUAUUUUGACAUCUUUUCCACAUUUAUAGUGAGAGAGAUUUGAUAUAGUAAACAUAUUGAUGGAACAGUAGGUAGGUUAUAGAACUGCUUUCUGCUGUAGCCUGCAUUAUUGAAUUUUGCUUCCUUAUUCCUUUUUAUUAUGCCAAUAUGUUUGAUUUUAAUUUUGUAUUUAGCAUUAUGAACAUUCUGCUUCUGUUUUCUGUGUAAAGAAAAUCCUGUGCUCUAUUUUUCAUCAACAUUUGUUUCCACAAAACAUCUAUCCUUUGGUUCAACAUCCAGAGAUUUGCUACAAAGCUUGUUGGUUAAAAGAAAGGUUUUUUAACUAGUUCUACUUUUCUCAGGUUUUAUGUAAAACCGGAUCCAUCAGAGUCAAAUUGAUACAGUUGAAUAACUAUUCACUUAAAAAAAUUCUUACUGCUGUGUUAUGACAGUGGUGUCCAAGUGUAAGUGUUCAGGAAAUACAGAUUGCUAUGACAUUACUAUUCUAUUUCCUUUCCUCCCUUACACUGGAACAUAACUAAAACUGCAUGAAAUAUUACUGUGUUCUACAUUAUGCCAUACUUCUCCAAUUUUGUAUCAAUUAGUACGUUGCCCUUGUUCAAAUAAAGAAGGAAAGUAAGUGCAGAUCUACAUCCUUUCAGCUUUGGUACCCUUUGUAUUGAAUUAUUAAUCCUAACAUGUUUGAAGUAUUCACCGAUAAAAAAGAAACCUUUUUAAAACAAUGAAGUUAUAAAACUCUAAUACUACUCUCUCAGGUUAGAGAAUAGCUGUGUUUCUUACUGGUGAGCUGACCAUUUUAAUAAAUGGCUUCAAUGUUGUAGCCUAGCCUCCCUAUUCUGCCUCCUCGAUUGGUUUGACGUUAAAACAACUUUGUUGAGAAUUCCUAGCCAGUGUGGCCCAAAUUAAAAUUCUGAAGAUUUGCACUCACAGUCAAUCUAGAGGGCGCCAGGGUGGAAUAGGCUGAUUUAGAUAUUCCUGAGUGGCAUUUCUACUUGCAUUUUGUAAACUGUCAUGUGGACAUCUGUCUUCACUGCUCCAGAUAGUGGUAUAGCCACCUGUGGUAUAGCUUUUUGUCUGAAUCUCAUUGGCUUUCAUCCAGCACCACUGCAGUGUUAAGGAAAUCUGCAGACCUGUUCCCAUUUUGGCUGUCCAUUGAACUCCAAGGCUGGAGACUUGGAGCAGUUAGUACCAUUUAAUUAUGUCAUUUCUGGAUUUGUAUAGAUAAUUCUCUGAAUAGAUUUGAAUGAUAGUUGACACACUUCUUAAAAUUGAGCUUUUUCCUUCCAGCUAUACAGUAGAUGCUUGAAUUCAGAGUUACAAGAAAAGGAAUCUUAUUUCUAAGGAUAGACUGCUGGAAUAUACUCUUACAUGAAAAUUAAGAUGGCUUUUUUCUACAUGUCCAUGUUGGGAAAUGUCUUAAUAGCCAAAAUAUCUUCUUCCUGUUCAUAUCUAGACUGUAAAAAGUGUUCAAUGCUCAGGAAUCUUUCCUAUGCUGGAACACAUGCACUCAGGUAAAGAAGUCAUGCUUCCAGAAUAUCCUGUGGCAUGAACAAGGAGAAAUUCAACCAUUACAGGGUCAAACUUUCAAAUGUCUUUGGAAAUAAAACCAACUUGCUGAUAAUUUAUACCUCAAGCAUUAACAAGUACUGAUUAAUCAGGGACUGCCUUGGAUAAGAGGCAACAUCAAACCCCCUGUUAAUUUCAAAGCAGUUUCCAGUGACUAAGUUUCAUUGUGUUAUUCUUCGAUCAGGAACUAUUUAUUUUCAUAGACCCAGGUAGGAAAAUACUGUAACACAGAUGGGGACUUGGAUGUGAACUAGAACUGUAGUUUUGUGUGUCUUGAGUAAGUAGAUAUUUAAGGAGGAAUGGAUAGGCCUGUAAUUUCUGAUAUUUUGUUUAAAGGCAUACUGAAGGCUUCUAGAAAAGGUAUAGGACUGAGAAUCAGUUGAUUCAAGGAGUAAAAUAGAAUGAAAAAGUUCUGGAAUGGAAAAGAGACAUUGUAAGUGUAGAGUUAGCAGUUAAAUAAUAAUGUAAAUGAGUUUGUAAUUAAAAAUUGGGAUAUGUUUGUCUUUUGAAGUGCCCUUUAUUUUCCCACUAAUAUGUAUGAUUUGGGUAUUGGGAAUGAAUAUUCUCAGCCAAUAAAAUUUCUCAAAGCCAUUUGAGUUCCAUAAGAUUCUGACCUCCUUUAUUUUCUCUAUGCGGUCAGGAAGAAUAUAUAUUCUCCAUGGAAAAUACUUGAUGUAAAAUACACUUUUUAGUCAUUGGUGGCACCUUAUAGUAAUUCAAAUAUAAACUUUGGAGCGUUGCUUUUUUACAAGUUAGAAGAUUUUGUGACAGUAAAAUGUCAGCUAGCAUACUUUUUGUUUUCAACUGCAUGCAGCUUUUCUGGUGUUAUUAUGGAUGUCUAUUAGCCCUUUAAGGAAACUUUGACAUGUUGUCCAGGGAGAGGAAAAAUACAAAUGCCGUACUUCAAUCUGUUCUAUUUCUACUGUUUUUAAUGUAUGCAUGCAAUUUCUAGAUAUUAAAAAACCUCAAAGAGAGACUGUAAAAGAUCCAUUUCUUAUGUCAUAUUUGCAUAUUGUCUCUGUGUUUUCUGAAAUGUUUCUUAAUGUGAUUUAAAGUUUCUUAUACUAUUUCUCUUUUCAAAAAGAGCCUUUAUAAAAAAAAAAACUGUGCAUGCAAAUGAGACCUAUCCCUGUUUCUAUAGAAACACAGGAAAACUUUCAAAGGCUGAAAUAUGUGCACACCAGUUAUAGAUAUAUGUAUCUGGUGUUUCUACAUAUGAAUGUCCUGUUAUGUACCUGUAUUUGUUUUCUUUUUUGUAUAAAUAUCUUUUUGAUAUUGGGGCUUAUUCAGUUCUCCUUUUCACUCCAGUGAUCCAGAACUUAUUGAUUCCAAAGAAAGAACCAGCUAACACCGAGGGCAGUGUUUUAAAACAUAAAUAACAUUGUCAUGUAUGUGCACUCAGCCACUGGAUCUACAGAAUCCAAUGUUUAAAAUAUUACAAAUUCAGAAUGCAGAGCAGCUAUUGUACGGCCCUUCGGGUACUGCUGACUAAAUUGUUAUUUCUCUAGAUUAAAAAAAAAUAUCCUGUAUUAUUUGUAAAUAAUAAGCUGAAACUGCUGCUUAUAUAUUGGGCUAACCUGCUGUAAAUUAGGAAUACAGUAAGCCAUGUCUACACAAUGUAUCUUUAAACCUAGGGUACAGAUAGCUUUUAUCUAUGUUCUUUCAAUACUCCCUUUUUAUUUUACACUUGUUUAAAAGGAGAAAACAACCCUAAACCUUCCUAUUUAUAAAUUGUGUUUUGUAUCUUGACUUUAAUGGAAAACAAACCUUUUACAAUGUCCUUUUUUAAUUAUUUGAAAAUUGUUUUAAUGGUUGUUGGGGGUUUGCACUGUGAGCGACUUUGGGGGGGGGUAUUUUAAAUUCUGCAUUCAUUUGUAUUCAAUGUCUAAAUUU